AUGGCGAACGCUAUACAACUCGACCUAGAAAAGGGCAAAAAUACUAUCCACUUCGGAAACGAGUCUACAUCCACCCAUCACCAAGUCGACCAACUCGACCAAAAUGCUUACCCACAGCCACCUGACAACCGGAUCUUGGUUUCGCCAUCCUACUUUGCUCUAGAGUUUGCAAUCAACGGAGAACCUUCUUCUAUUGGAUCACGUCUUCUUCGUACGACACUCUCUUCUGGGUAUGAAGCUCUGAGAGGGAACUUUGGCCAUGCUACGGACCUAGGUUUUCGGAUAUUUGGACUCACGCUAUCUUUUCGAAAUCGCGACGAUAUUCUUUCGGAAUUCCAAUGGUGGCUUGGCCCAGGCCAGCCUCUGGCUUCCCGCUUAAAGCAGGCACGGAACUACCCCGGCGUUCCAACAAGCGAAACUUAUCUCAGCGUAGAGGAUGUGGUCGUGUUGCUUCAUGAUGUCGGAAUAGUCAACUGGCAAGAUGACAUCCUCGAGUUUUCCAACUCGUCAAGACUUCUUCACAACCAAGAAGCCAAUGAUGGAUUCAAUCCUCGGACAGAACAUGGUUCUGGCUUGUUGAACACAGACACAUCCAUACCACAGAGGUAUUCGACACUACCCUGGGAGUCCGCAUGGCGGAGAGUGCCGGCCCUGCAGGCGUUCAACUUUAAUUCUCUCAUGGGCAAUUUAUCAAAGGAAGAGGUCCAUGGAAAAGAAACCCAUACACAGGCUUUUCCCACCCUCGAAGAAAACAGACAGAGAGGCAUCCCAAUAUCCAUUCUCCUUCAGAGCCUAGCUGAUAUAUCAGUUUGCUUAUCAAUUGGUCCUGGAUAUCCUCAGCAAGCAGUGAAAUCGCUGAUAUAUGCGGCCAUAUCCGGAAUUCCUAUACAAUAA